ACGAUUCUCCCAGACCACCAUCACCUAGUCGUUGCCGCCCAGUCUUCUUUUCCCUCUUCUCAUUUCGCCAGAAAAUACUAUUGGCUUAAUAGUGCGAUUCUCCAUCAACAGGGGCAGUAUCGAGAUUGAUGCCGCAAAGAAACGUUAGUGAUGUUGGAGGAGACGACAUCGUUACUCAAGUGUCAAACGAUUCGUUUAUCACCGCUAUGUCGUCUCAUGAUUCACCUAAUUUAAACAAGCAAUCGAGAAACAUCGUUAACAGCCAGUGUAAAUGGGGUAAAGAAAACCCACGUCUCCAUGCAAAAUCCACAAUCGUUGUUAAUGGUGGAAAUCGUCAAGUGAUGUCUUCGUACGCCAACACCACAACCGUCAGACAGAAGCUUAGCCCUGAUAAUUGAAACAACGAGAGAUAUCGAAGCAAAACAAGAAUGUAAGCGUAUUUUGAAAUGGAUUAGGGGUCAAGAUGCUGGAAAUGAACCAACGAGAAGGGGAGGGCCUAAAGGAUAGAUAACAUUAUAUUGGAUGAAGAUGAACAAUGAUCACCAAUCUUCCAAAAAGAAUGGAUUAUUCUAGCAGAAUAAUCUACAAUAUAAUGAAAAAACUAUAUGUAAUAGUAUAUUCUGGUAAAAUAAUUUAUAUAUUGUGCUUCUUUGUUAUUAAUAAGUGUAACAUUAUAAGAGAAUAGUAUAUAAAAAAAUUUCUUUUCUAAGAA